UUGCGUCAAAGGGUGGGGGCUCAAAGGUGUGCGUUUUAAUACCACUGUACGUCUGCGUCCAUGCCCACACGGAAUUGAAAUGGCGGAGACUACGGACAGAAUGGAGAUUUCUCAGGGGGAGAGCUCGGCCAAGCCUGCAGCAGAAGACAUGACUUCUAAGGACUACUACUUUGACUCAUAUGCCCACUUCGGUAUCCAUGAGGAGAUGCUGAAAGAUGAAGUGCGCACCCUGACCUACAGGAACUCAAUGUUCCACAACAAGCACCUGUUCAAGGAUAAGGUGGUGUUGGAUGUGGGCAGUGGGACUGGCAUCCUCUGCAUGUUUGCAGCCAAAGCUGGUGCUAAGAAAGUCAUAGGCAUUGAGUGCAGCAGUAUUUCUGACUAUGCUGUGAAGAUCGUCAAGGCCAACAAAAUGGACCACAUUGUGACUAUCAUCAAGGGGAAGGUGGAGGAGGUGGACCUACCUGUAGAGGGAGUUGACAUUAUCAUCUCAGAGUGGAUGGGCUACUGCCUCUUCUAUGAGUCAAUGCUCAACACUGUCAUCUACGCCAGGGACAAGUGGCUGAAACCAGAGGGCCUGAUUUUCCCAGACAGGGCUACCCUGUAUGUCACAGCCAUUGAGGACAGACAGUACAAGGACUAUAAAAUCCACUGUGAGAAUUCCUCUAAAUUUUGGGGGUGGGAGAAUGUGUACGGUUUUGAUAUGUCCUGCAUCAAGGAGGUGGCCAUCAAGGAGCCCCUGGUGGAUGUGGUGGACCCCAAACAGCUGGUCAGCAGCGCCUGCCUCAUCAAGGAGGUGGACAUCUACACAGUGAAGAUCGACGACCUGUCCUUCACCUCGCCCUUCUGCCUGCAGGUGAAGAGGAAUGACUACAUCCACGCUCUCGUCACCUACUUCAACAUCGAGUUCACGCGCUGUCACAAGAGGACGGGCUUCUCCACCAGUCCAGAGUCCCCCUAUACCCACUGGAAGCAGACUGUAUUCUACCUGGACGACUAUCUGACUGUGAAGACUGGAGAGGAGAUUUUCGGAAACAUCAACAUGAAGCCCAAUGUCAAAAACAACAGAGACCUGGACUUCACCGUUGACAUAGACUUCAAGGGUCAGCUCUGUGAGGUGUCCAAGACCUCAGAGUACAGAAUGCGUUAGGUGCCCUCUUCUCCCACACCCCAUUGUGUGUUUGUGAACGGGGGAGUGCUGAAGGAAGAUCAGGGGUCAGUGUGUGUCUGUAUGAUCACUUAAUUCUCAUCCUCCAGAACUUGACUAGUACUCCUAAGCAAUGUUUGAAAUAUUCUGUCUUGCUUUCUUGUAAUGUUUGAUCAGUUCUGAGGUUUAAAACGACUAAAAGACCAGUGGAAAGACAUGACGACUUAUUGUGCAAUAGUCACUGAAAUCAUGUUUUUACAUGUGCUUAUGUCUGUUCAGAUCGUGAUCUUAGCAUGUGCUUAAACUCAACGCACACACACUGACCCCCUCACCUGCCUGUACAUAGUGUUAUUGUUCAGUCACAUUGGCCUCUGUUGUACAGUCACGGAUCUUGUUGACAUGGCAGACCCCCCCCCCCCCCCCCCCUGUUUUCAUAAGAAGCGCCUCCUGUGGCAGGUUUGUCCCCCCCCGCCAGCCAAUUAUAUUGUCUGUUUGGGGGGGGUGCAAGUCCGCCAUUGGUGUAUUUUAAAUUCCAAAUGAGCGUAAUUGGAGGAAAUCCUCUCCAGGCUGUAAAAAGCAGUUGUAGCUGUGAUAUCUGACUACCAUUCAGCCUAUCUUGAAUCAUGUCUGAUUGGAUAGCUCUGUGCUGAUGACCCCCCCCCCCCCUUUCACUAGACUGACCGUACGCAGUUUUUUCUCAUCCAGCAGGUGUGGGUGAUGUAGUCUAACCAUGGAGCAGUUAUAAUUUUCCCAAUUCAGAUCGGUCUUUGCUCAAGCUGUUCCCUGUUCUAGCAAUCAGACUUCAUUAGAGCCCCCUACUAAGAAAAGCAAACAUGUUUUAAUUAGAGGGGAGUUAAGCCCAGUGUACCUUAGUGAUAGACCUGAAGAUGUAUGGUUUAUUGGGACCACAAAGCAUCCACUCUUGCCAGUGUUGGAAUAAACGAGAUCCCUCUAACCUGUUGUCGUCCCUGCCUGCAUUCAGUAGCAUUGGUUUAGCCAAUCCCAGGGGCCCUUGUUUGCUGGAUUAUCUGCCUGGUUUGCCCUCUAGCGCAAAGUGCAGCACAUCUGAAACAAAUGUAUGGCCAGACUGCCAGCCAGAAGGGGCUGUCAACCUCAGAUUGGUUAUUUCCAGUGUGGGCUAUGCAGGGUGGAGAUGAGUUAGACCGGACUGUUUCAUGUUAUGUUUUUUGUCCUUGCUGCUUUAUGUGACGUUUUGAGUGUGGACCAUCACUUUUUUUUUUUUUUCAUCUUUUUAAAAAAUAAAACUGAAAUAUUA